AUGCACUCCCGCUGGACCACCGCACGCCCCCCCCCUCCAAAGCACACCCUCUCGAGCUGUCGCAAGCCCCCGCCGCCCUAUAACUUAGAUACCAGCCCAUCACCGCUUCCGCCCAACAUCAACUCGACAUUGUCCUCCCGCAACAAUACUCUCGCCUCCAAUUACCCAAUGAUCGACUUCCCUACGCCGUCUCUGAUCGCAUUCAAAUUUUACGAUACCGCUCCAGUUUAG